UACCCACGUGACAAAACAUGGCGACUGAUCUGAGUAAGCUGUCAAAGGAAGAGAAAGAAAAACUUUGCAGGACAUACUUUCUAGCUGGUUUGGUUUUUCUGCCUUUCAUGUGGCUUGCCAAUGUUUUAUGGUUCUUCAAAUUGGCAUUCUGUGGAAGUGAAAUAAACAAGAACAUCAGGAGAAAUGUUGCUAUGUCAUUUUUUGGGUUGUGUGUGUGGAUUAUUGGAUGGACAACUUGGAUUGUGAUAUACCAGAAUAAUCGAGCCAGUUGGGGAGCUGUAGGAGACACCAUAUCCAUCUCGACUCCAAAGGGUGAACUAUAGAUAAUGCAAGAUAUUGCUUAAUCAACGACAAAUGAUAGUAUAGAUGCUGUAACAAAUUGCUGUUGUCAUUGCAUGAUGUGUGUGGUAGCAUUUUCCUUUGUAGAACGUUUAGUAGUUGAUGUAGAUGAUAUUGUUUGAUGCUGUCACUACAGGAGCUGACAAGUUUCUUGGAUGCUAGUCAAAUUGAUAUUUAUAUUGUGUAAUAUGUA